AUGAUAUCUCUUAGGCAUCACAUCCUUUAUUGGGUGGUGUCGUUCUCAACACCCCCCCUAGCCGCGCUCCGAAAGAUUCUCGCCGAUCGUGGAUUCAUAUCUGAUAUUCUCAACGAUUUUGAGUUUCCCAUCGUCGGUCUGGUGUUAUAUUUCCUUUCGCGCUGGACGAUGAAAUUACUUGAAGACGCCAAACAGAGGAAUAAGCAGGAAGCGAAACCCAGCGGUCUUAACACUUCAGCGCAGCCAGAUCAAUCAGAAAAAGAGUCCAUUGCAGAGACAGCCACCAACGGCAACGUCAACAGCAAAGCCAACGGUAAUGGAAAUGGCAAAAAUGCGAGGAAGAGAUUGGCCAGAGCUCAAAGAAAGGCUCGUAGGCAAAAUGGGAACAGCUCCAACCAGAAUAGGAACACCUCGAAUCAGAACAGGAACGGCUCGGCUCAGAAUAAGAAGAACCAGAGCCAAAACAUAAACAGCUCGAAACAAAACGGAAAAGUGAGAUCCAACAGGAAUAGAACACCGGUACAGCUGGACCUGAACAAAAUCUCUAGGAAAAGACUUCAGAAGACCCCUCCUAUAAGCUGGGAGGGGUCAAUCAGGCGAGCCGUGAGCUACUUCAUUGAACAUCAUCUAGAAGAAUUGUACUUCCUCAGCCUCAUACUUCUUUUCACUCGUGAGAAACUACCUGGACUUGAACAGAACCUGGGAGGGGAUUACGACCAGAUGGUGGCACGAGUCUUGAUAACCUUCAUGAUUUUAGGCACUCUGGAGCCGCUGAGGUGUUCUCGAUGGGAUAUUGAGGCUUGUGGUCUUGGAAUGUUUACCUACUGUUGUGUAUUUUGCGACGAAGGUCCAGGCCCAUGGAAAUCUGCAGUGAUGGGAGCCAUUGGUCUCUGCUCGAUCGGAGGAUUGAUCGAAUGUAUGUUUUACAUCAAGAUCGGCCACUGGGUUUGCUGGCCUGCGUUGUGGUUGACAAGCGACAACCUCGGCGUAUUCGACAUGCUCGUUCGUAUCUCGGCACUUGGACCACUGAUCGAUAUUGCUGAGACGUACACGCGGUACUCCCACAAGCUAUUCGUCGCGACAACCUAUCUUAUAUUUCCCUACAUCAUCGGUCUCUUACUACGGGCACUGCCAAAUGUAGGCAGACACAAUACAUUAAAUGCUGCAGAUAGAUUGGACUUGGUAACACACACGGAAAAGCACGAGGCGGAUCUUGACUUGAGCGAAUAUACUCUAGCCCAGCUUUGCGGGUUGCACACAUGCGAGGCACCGUCCAACUUGUAG